AUGGAAGAUCUCAAGAAGAUUUCUCCGUCGGAGAUCCCUCUCCACACCUCCAGGAAGAACUGCUGGGUCGUCGUACACGGGAAGGUACUCCUUCCUCUCUCUCUCUCUCUCUCUCCCCCUCCUCACCAUGAACUUGACAGUAACCAUUUUUUUCCUCGGAAGAGCAGGUUUAUGAUAUUACCGAGUUCUUGGACGAUCACCCGGGGGGAGAUGACGUUCUUCUCCACGCCUCGCGAUCUGGGGAUGCUACGCAGUCGUUUGAGGACGUGGGUCACAGUUCCGGAGCGAGGAAAAAGAUGGCAAAUUAUCUGAUCGGGGAAGUCGAGGGCUACGAUCACAACAAGGACCCUAUCGCACGGAGGAGCUCAAAGACAGUAUCCGACGGAGCCCAGCCGGUAGCAUUCCAGAAUUCUUCGUCCGGCUUGAAAAGUUACGCCUUGCCCCUCUUCCUCCUGUUUAUCGCCAUCGCUUCCUGGUACUUUGACAAGCUCCAGAAGGCUGCUCCUUGA